AUGGCCUCAGUUUGUAGCUUAGCCCUAGUGCUCCUCUUCAGCUUCCUCUCGAGCCACGCAUUCGUUGUUUCCCUAGCUUCCUCUGACGGCUUCCUCCAAUGCCUCUCAGCGGCCAUACCAAACCAGCUCCUGUACACUCAGAGCUCGCCUUCAUUCAUGCCGAUCCUGGUUUCCUCCGUCCGGAACCCCAGGUUGUUCACUCCAACCACGGUGAGGCCGCUCGUCAUCGUCACGCCCACGAAUGCCUCCCACGUCCAGUCUACCGUGAUAUGCGGACGCCACCACGACGUGCGCAUUCGCGUGCGCAGCGGCGGCCACGAUUUCGAGGGCCUCUCCUACCGCUCCGAGCGUCCCGAGGUGUUCGCGGUGGUCGACCUCAACAUGAUGCGGUCGGUGCGUGUUAACCGGAGAGCCGGCACCGCGUCGAUUGAUUCCGGCGCGACGCUCGGGGAGGUCUACUACGCCGUCUCCAAGGCGAGUAAUCAGCUGGCUUUCGCGGCUGGCCUGUGCCCCACGAUCGGCAUCGGCGGCCAUCUCAGCGGCGGCGGGUUCGGCAUGCUGUUGCGCAAGUACGGCGGCGCCAUCGACAACGUGCUGGACGCCACUCUGGUGGACGCCGAGGGGAGGGUCCUGGACAAGAAGGCCAUGGGGAGGGACGUGUUCUGGGCCAUUCGAGGAGGCGGCGGUGAGAGCUUCGGCAUCGUGCUAUCCUGGAAGGUGAAGCUCGUGCCCGUCCCGCCCAAAGUGACGAUGUUCAAAGUCCCCAAGUCAAUCAACGAGGGUGUUAUAGACAUCCUCACCAAAUGGCAAGUAGUCGCUCCAGCUCUCCCCGAUGAUCUUUUCAUACGGGUUGUCGUCCAGAAUGACGUGGCUGAGUUCCAGUCCAUGUACCUUGGUACGUGUGACAUGCUCCUUCCAUUGAUGGAAAGCCAUUUCCCGGAGCUCGGACUGAACCAGACACACUGCAAGGAGAUGACGUGGAUCCAGUCCGUGCCCUACAUCUUCUUGGGCAGCACCGCCAUCGUGGAGGACAUCUUGAACAGGACCACCUCGCUUGACAUGUCCACUAAGGCAACCUCCGACUAUGUCCACCAGGCAAUCCCCAAGGACGGCUGGGUCAAAAUAUUCACCUUGCUCGCAAAGCCGAACGCCGGGCUCCUGAUCAUCGUCCCCUACGGCGGGAAGAUCAACAGCUUCUCGGAGGCGGCGACGCCAUUCCCCCACCGUGGGGGCGUGCUGUUUAACAUUCAGUACAUGAAUUUCUGGUUGGCCACCACGGACGGAUCGACGCAGACCAAGUGGCUCAAAGACUUCUACGCGUUCAUGGGGCCGUACGUAAGCCAGAACCCGAGGCAAGCCUAUGUGAACUAUAGGGACCUUGACCUGGGCGUGAAUGUCGUUGUAGGCAAUGUCACUAGCUACAAGGCCGCAAUGGUUUGGGGCGAGAAGUACUACAAGGGUAACUUCAAGAGGCUCGCGUUCGCCAAGGGCAAAGUUGAUCCUGACGACUACUUCAGAAACGAGCAGAGCAUCCCACCACUAGUGGCGAGAAAGUGA